UAUUACUACAAAAUAUAAAUAAAAAUGGUAGUUCUAAGUUAUUGACACUGGGCGAUUCAAUCAAUUAUCAAAAUGGGAACUGAUAUAAUGUAACAACAUACUAUUAUGUAUUUUUGUUUGUAAUAAUGAAUCACGACGAAAUAAAAGUUGUUGUACAGGAGAAAUUCCUGUCAAGUGAGAGAGUAACAGCGUUGCUAUGUGACGCCAAAGUAUUUCACCCCGAAUGGGUUAAGAAAGAUAGACUCCUUGCUAUCGUAGAAUACGGAGACGAGAAAGCUGUUUUUUGUUUGUUUUCGUCAUGUUACCCACCGAAGACCUUCACCGACUUAUCAAUAGAAAUAAUAUUACCAAUCGAUAACAGUUUUAAGUGUGAAAUCGAUAACAAGCCGUCUGAUCCUGAAGCAAUUUUGUACCUGAAUCUGCAAUCUCGUUUAAGUAAAUAUAAGUUUGAAAUACAAAUGACUCCAAGGGUUGACAAUUUCGUCGAUGAUCUGUUUCGUGGAAUAGAAGCAGUGAAUAAAAUUCCAACACAGCCUGAGUUUGUGUGGCUAAAGAAGUACAGUGUUAAAAAUGAUGAUCAAACUAUAGCUGAAAGCAUUAUGUUACCUAAAUCAAAUAUGCAUAAUACAGCACCUGUUGCCAUUAGGGAAAGCCUAAUUAAAAGGAAGAUGAGUGACAAGGAGUUGGAAUAUACAUUCACAAAGAAUUUUACAGUUUUCUGUGGAACAUGGAAUGUGAAUGAUAAAUCACCUGUAAUACCAUUAAAAGGUUGGCUUAGUGUUGACCAGGAACCACCUGAUAUUUAUGCCAUUGGAUUUCAAGAGCUUGAUUUAUCAAAGGAAACAUUUUUAUUUGAUCAGACCAUGAGAGAAGAUGAAUGGUAUUGCGCAGUGCUUAAUUAUAUUGAUAAGAGAGCUAAAUAUAUAAAGGUAGAAAAGGUACGGCUUGUAGGCAUGCUACUUAUUGUAUUAAUAAAAGAAAAACAUUUUCAGAAUGUACGUAAUGUUAUCUGUGACACAGUGGGUACUGGAAUUAUGGGGAAAAUGGGCAAUAAAGGUGGAGUUGCUAUAAGAUUUGACUUUCACAAUACAUCUAUUUGCUUUGUCAACUCACAUUUAGCAGCACAUGUAGAAGAGUUUGAGAGACGCAAUCAGGAUUUCCGAGAUAUAUGUAAUAGAACAAGAUUUGUACAAAUUGAUCAACAGCCAAAAUCAAUAAAGGAUCAUGAUCAUAUUUAUUGGCUAGGAGAUUUAAAUUACCGCAUAACUGAAAUGGAUCCCAUUACAGUGAAGAAACUAGUAAGUGAGAAUAAUUUUAAGCCAGUUCUGGAAUGGGAUCAGUUAAAACAGCAGCAUAAUAAUAAGAAUGUAUUUUCUGGAUACACUGAAGGCCCCAUCACAUUUAAACCUACAUACAAGUAUGAUCCUGGGACUGAUAAUUGGGAUUCAAGUGAGAAACACAGAGCUCCAGCGUGGUGUGACAGAAUAUUCUGGAAAGGGGACACCAUUACACAAUUAGCAUAUAGGAGUCAUCCAAGCCUUAAUAUAAGUGACCACAAGCCGGUUUCAGCCAUCUUCAGUUCCAGAAUAAAAAUCAUUGAUGAAGAAAAGUACAGGAGAGUUUAUGAAGAAGUAAUAAAACAGCUGGAUAAGUUAGAGAAUGAAUUGAUCCCUCAAGUAAAAGUUGACAUCACUGAAGUUGACUUUGGCACAGUUAAAUACUUAGAAUUACAAGUAAGGACCAUCACAAUUAAGAAUAUAGGAAAGUUGCCUGUUGAGUUUGAAUUUAUAAAUAAAUUGGAUGAGACACAGUUCUGCAAGGAAUGGCUGAUUGUUGAACCAUACAAGAAAUGUAUUUGUGCUGAUGAGACAUGUGAAAUUCAACUCAAGGUGCUCAUCAACAAGACAUCUGCAUGCAAAAUGAAUGCAGGUACAGACAAGUUGUAUGAUAUAUUAGUCCUUCAUUUAUAUGGUGGUAAAGAUAUUUUUAUCACAGUCAAUGGUACUUACCAGAGAAGUUGUUUUGGUUGCUCUAUUGAAGUACUUGUUAAAUUAAAUAUGCCAAUAAGAGAGGUUCCAGUAGGAAAGCUAAUUGAACUAGAGAAUAAAAGAGACCAGGCAGUAUCAAAUCAAUCCACAUAUUCAAUCCCUAAGGAGAUAUGGUUCUUAGUUGACCAUAUAUACUUACAUGGGUUGAAAGAGCCUAAUUUGUUUGAACAGCCAGGUUUACAUUCUGAAGUGCUACAAAUUAGAGACUGGCUGGAUAGUGGAUCUAUUGAUCCUAUUCCUGGCAGUAUUCACUCAGUUGCAGAAGCUUUACUGCUGCUACUAGAAAGUACAGUAGAUCCAAUAAUACCAUAUAAUCUUCAGUCAAUUUGUUUGAAAGCAUCAGCAAACUAUUUGCAAUGCAGGCAAAUUAUCAUGGAACUGCCGGAGUUCAGAAAAAAUGUUUUUCUUUACUUAUGUGAGUUUCUUCAAGAAGCAUUGCAACAUAGUUCAGAAAAUGGUCUAGAUUCUAAGACACUGUCUACACUUUUUGGUGCCAUAUUUUUAAGAGAUAAUCCAAACUUAGUACAAGAGCCGCAAUCUAGAAUAAAUAAGCAAAUCAUAGACAAAAAAAAGGCACAAUUUGUGUACCACUUUUUGGUAAAUGACCACAGUGACCUAAUGUUCUCUAGAUAAUUAUUUAGUAUUUGAUUAUAUUUUAUUUAAUACUCACAACAUUCUUCAUAUGAUGAAUUAUAUAUAGAUUUCAUUAUUUAUUAUCUAAAUAUUGGUGUUGUAAAUUAGCAAUGAAAUUGUGUUCUUAUCACAUGACAUGACAUAUGUAUUAUUAAUAUAAAAUGUAGCUGUUGUAGUUCAUAUUAAUUUAUUCUAGUUCUAAUAGCUGGCUUGUACCGUUCUGUACAUGGCGAAUUUAGCUGUAGGUUAUAUUUAUGAAUAAUAUUGUUUUUAUAAUUGUUAUAGAUGUUACAUGGUUGAAUAUAAAAUUAUAUACAUACAAUAAACAUUUAUCAACUGUAAAAUGUACAAAA